CCGCCCUGCUGGCUGCGCGCGGCGGUCUUGUGGGAGGGAACCCGGCGUCCUGGCUCGCCUGCAGAUCUGGAAGCGAUUGCUGUAGUUCGCAUCUUUUUCAGGCUACACUGGAAAUAUAGGUUUAUUUUUUAUUCUUUUUUCCCUUUGGUGUUUUUUCUGCACAAAGAAGAGAUUUUUUUCACUUGUUCAUGCCGAAGCCAGUUUUUAAAAGCCAGCUAAAACAGCAAUGAGCGUGCAGGAUUGACAGUUUCGCCGAGGGCCAGGGCAGGGCAGGGCAGGCCAGGCCGAGGGAAGGACCGGCGGAGGACCGUCAGCAUCUUGUGUUGUGUGUGGCAUCAGCGAGCAGAGCGUGUGGAAUUGAGUCUCUGGAGCGCUCGUUUCCAUAGACGUUUUUCCUGGCUGUGUUUUUAAACCUCCCCACCUCUUUUGGAGGCUUUGUUUCCGAGCUUCCGAUCGGGGGGCUUUCGUGUGUGUGUGUUUGUGUGUGUGUGUGUGCGCGCGUGUGUUGUGGUCCCAGCUGAGUCAUCAUGUCCGCUCUGACGCCUCCGACCGAUGCGCCAACCCCCACCACUGACAAGAUCACACAGGCUGCCAUGGAGACGAUCUACCUUUGCAAAUUCCGCGUGUCCAUGGAUGGGGAGUGGCUCUGCCUGCGCGAGCUGGACGACAUCUCACUCACGCCUGACCCAGAGCCGACCCACGAAGACUCUUGGGAGGAUUUGACAGAUUUGGUGGAGCAAAUGCGCGAUGAUGGAGAAGACCCUAAUUAUCUAAUGGCUAACGAGCGCAUGAACCUGAUGAACAUGGCCAAGCUGAGUAUCAAGGGCUUAAUCGAGUCAGCUUUGAACCUGGGCAGGACUCUGGACUCGGAUUAUGCACCCCUCCAGCAGUUCUUCGUGGUGAUGGAGCACUGUCUGAAGCACGGUUUGAGAGCCAAGAAAACUUUUCUUGGACAAAAUAAAUCCUUCUGGGGGCCUCUAGAACUGGUGGAAAAACUUGUUCCAGAGGCUGCAGAGAUAACAGCAAGUGUUAAAGAUCUUCCAGGACUGAAGACGCCAGUAGGCAGAGGAAGAGCCUGGCUUCGUUUGGCAUUAAUGCAAAAGAAACUUUCAGAAUACAUGAAAGCUUUGAUCAAUAAAAAGGAACUUCUCAGUGAGUUCUAUGAACCAAAUGCCCUCAUGAUGGAAGAAGAAGGAGCUAUAAUUGCUGGUCUGUUGGUGGGACUGAAUGUCAUUGAUGCUAAUUUCUGCAUGAAAGGAGAAGAUUUGGACUCUCAGGUUGGAGUUAUAGACUUUUCCAUGUAUCUGAAGGAUGGAAACAGCAGUAAAGGUAGUGAAGGGGAUGGUCAGAUUACAGCAAUUCUGGACCAGAAGAACUACGUGGAAGAGCUCAACAGACAUCUGAAUGCUACAGUAAAUAACCUUCAGGCCAAAGUAGAUGCGUUAGAAAAAUCCAACACUAAACUGACAGAAGAGCUUGCCGUUGCAAACAACAGGAUUAUCACCUUGCAAGAAGAAAUGGAACGAGUUAAAGAAGAAAGCUCCUAUAUACUGGAAUCCAAUCGGAAGGGCCCUAAGCAAGACAGAACUGGUGAAGGGCAAGCACUAAGUGAAGCAAGAAAGCACUUAAAGGAAGAGACACAGUUGCGAUUGGAUGUUGAAAAGGAGUUGGAGCUCCAGAUCAGUAUGAGGCAGGAAAUGGAGCUGGCCAUGAAGAUGCUGGAGAAGGAUGUCUGUGAGAAGCAGGAGGCGCUGGUGUCUCUGAGGCAGCAGCUGGACGACCUCAGGGCUCUCAAGCAUGAACUGGCCUUUAAGCUGCAGAGUUCAGACUUAGGAGUAAAACAGAAAAGUGAACUAAACAUUCGUUUGGAAGAGAAGACUAAUCAGAUGGCUGCUACCAUUAAACAGUUGGAACAAAGUGAAAAAGAUUUGGUGAAACAGGCAAAGACCUUAAAUAGUGCAGCAAAUAAACUGAUCCCAAAACAUCAUUAGGCAUUUAUGUAGUUGGUCGCCUCACAAGUCUGUUAUCCCAAGUUAACUGUAAAAGGAAGAAACCGAAAGUUACUACAUUUAAGCUCUGAUCUAUAUAAAUUGUCAUCAAAAAUUGGCUUUGAAUUUGUUGGGUUUUUAAGAACAGUUGGAUAUACAGGUUGGGUUUAUGUUAGUUUUUUCUCAAAGUUAGAAAAUUUUGGGGCCAGGGAUAUAGCUCAGUGGCACAGUACCUGCCUGGCAAGCACAGGGUCCUGAGUUUGAUUCCUGGUACUCCCCACCCAAAAAAAAAAAAAAAAAAAAAAAAAAUUGGUAUAAAUUCAAAUUAACUGCUAAAUAAACUUAAGAAAUAUUUCCAAUUUGACCAAUAAGUAAAACACCAUUGAAAAGCCUAGGGAGGUGAAGUUUGGUGCAUAUAUUAACGCUGCCUUUAUUGGCCAGCGCUGGGCACCAGCAGCUCAGGCAUGAUCUACCCCACGACUGUGCCAGAAGUCUGCUCCGUGCUGCCAUGGGACGAACUGAACCACCCCUGCACCCUGGACUGUCUGAAGUAGCUCUGUGUCUCUUAGGCCACCCCCAUCCCCACACACACUUUCAUUAUGUGGGUUAUGUCCCCAAGCCAAGGAUAAGUACUUAGUACCCUAUUGCAUUACAGUUCUAUUAAUAACCCAAGUUGCUUGCAACAUUUUUGCCUUAGUGACUGAAAAAAGAGAAACAGCAUCCUUACAUUUCUUUAAAGUACAUGGAGGUAAAGUUAGUGAUUAGGUAACUUAUAAUAACAUCAUGUGGAAGCUUCAGAAACCCUCCUAAUAUUUGUCAUCUUCUACCUCUGCCCCUUUCCUGCCGUUCCACUUCCAAUGAAGUAGCUCAGAGUGAACAAUUUUCAUAAAAACACUCCUAUUAAAAAUGCACUAUGGGGGCCAGGGAUAUAGCUCAGCAGUGCAUGUACAAGGUUCUGAGUUUGAUUCCCAGUACCCCCUCAAAAAAAAAAAAUCUGCACUACACCCUUUUCUAAUUUGUUUUGCUUUCUUCCUGGCAAGGACAACAUAUAGACAUGAAUGAAGAUUCCUGUCUGUCCUUUCUUACCUGGAGACAUUCAGUGCUUCUGUUACUUUUCAUUUAGAUGGGGAUUUGCCGCAGGUUCUCAAAAACUAAUAAUUUAGUUACUAGAAAAACAUUUCAGUGUAGGAAUCAGAUAAAUUAUAAACUCACAUUCUUUAUUAUUUACUAUCAAAAAUAAAGAUUCUCAGUAUAUAUACACAAGCAAUAUUAGCAGGGCUUCUUUUUCAAAGUGACCGCAGAUCUAAACCUUUCUGGGUUUUACAUUGUAAAUAAUCCUAUAAAUACUUUGAUUUUUUUUAAAAAAAAAAAAAAGAUUUUUGAUUUGCAGAGAUAGGCUUUUACAUAAGCCUGUAUUCCUUAAAAAGGUCUUUACAAAAUUUUGAGAUUUUUUUGUUUUGUUUUCUCUUUCCAGUAAGCUUUGCAGCAUUUUAGCUGUGGAAGUGAGGACAAAAUAAUUUAUUUACUUACAGGCCUGUUUCUUUCUUCUUGGCAAAAUUCAGAAUUAGGAGAGUAAGAUAGGUUUCAUGUACGCUUCUUUUUUAGGUCCUUGAACCAGACUUGAACCCCAAAUCAAGUCAAAUAAUACAUGUUAGAACAGACUGCACAGAAGAAGAUCUUGCACUUUUGAACAUGUUUUAGGUUUACUAAUUUUGCACCUAUAUAAAUUAAAUUUGCACUGAGUCACCUUUUCUAUGAGCAUUUGAAAGGAGUGAUCAAAUACUAAGUAAAGACUAUACAUAGCAUGCAUCUGCUUGUAUUACAUAAAAUCCCAAAACAUGAUAGGUGCAAAAUUAUACAAUGUUCAAGAAGCAUCCAUGGGAACCUUUCAGAGAACAUGAUUAGGAAUCUUACGAGACCUAGGGCUGAGUUCUUUGUUCAAUGGGUCACACACCACUUGGCAGGAAUGGAAAGGAAAGAGACAGCCAAAUUCUGACAGACUUCUCUUGUACAAUAACCAGAAGCCCCGGUAAAGGCUGGUGUGUAAUUCCAGUGAUUUAAAAUAUGUUUGGAGAAGGGGUCAGAAAUAAUGUUAAGAUUCCACAUAUGAGAAGGUAGUUACCCAUAAGCACGUUCCAGCUGUGUGUGUAACACAGAAGUAUAAAAUUCUAAACCUGCUAGGAAAUGAAAACAAAUGGGUUAAAUUCAAAUUACUAUGUACUUGAGGUUGGCUUUGGAUAUAGAUUUUCUAAAAAGUGAUGUUUUAUUGUUUAUCAUCUAAUGGCUGUACACUGUAGUACUAGAAUAAAAAAAGUGGAAAAUUGGC